ACAAAAGGAACAAAACGCGGUCAUUUUCCUUACAUCGCACUAGUCAACCCUCACUCCAUUUUUAUUAUUUUAUUUUUUUAUUAAAAAAAACAAAAAACAGAAAAAUCAAAUCUCUCUCUCAGAUGCUUUCUCUGCACGAACAGAUCGGCACCACAAAAAGGAUUGAAAGAGGGAGUGAAUGGCGAGGGCUGGAGGGAUCACGAAUGCUGUUAAUGUGGGAAUCGCAGUGCAAGCUGAUUGGGAGAAUCGAGAAUUCAUCUCUCACAUCUCCUUGAACGUCCGUCGCCUCUUCGAAUUCCUAGUUCAGUUCGAGGCUACAACAAAGAGCAAAUUGGCAUCACUGAAUGAAAAGCUUGAUAUGUUGGAGCGUCGUCUAGAGCUGAUUGAAGUUCAAGUUGGCACAGCAUCAGCUAACCCCUCUGUUUUCAGUUGACGUCUCUAGAUGCCCGGGUAGAUGAUAUAUAUAAAGGUAGAUGUAACCAAGUUGAGUUACUGUAAAGAAUAAAUAGCCUGAUCUGAAAUCCAUUUGGAGUAGGGUUAUUAGGGUUUAUUUCUUUUCGAAUUUUGUCACAGUUAUGAUUAUUCAAGCCUCGUAGCUAAUGAUCAUGUUAUUAUUUUUUGUAUCUUGUUCAUGAGUUGAAUUCAAGCGCAUGCAUGAUUACACCAAUAUCAGUCUAUGUGGCAGUGUUUAUUUUA